AUGGAAGCCCGCAAGGCGUUCACGUCCGCCACCCGCAAACUUUCUUCGUCCUCUCUCCGAGAACGUCUCACAAGCCUUACUGCCAGCUCGCCUCUGCGUCCGCCAGUCCCUUUUCAUCCACCCAACAUUGAUUUUGUCCCCUCCAAGAUCCCACGGAAGAGGAGGCUACAGACACUGGCGGUGGCAAUAUGGUCAACGUCGUUUGUGUGGAGCACCUUCGCGUUCUUGAUUCUCUUAUCCUUCCCUCCAUUAUGGCCGCUGUUAGCGGUAUAUAUGCUCUGGGCCCUCUGCAUUGAUACCAGUCCAGAGCAUGGUGGAAGAUUUAGUCCUUGGUUCCGCGCAGGGCGGUUCUGGCGAUAUUUUGCUGACUACUACCCGGCAUCGGGCGCUCUCUGCACAUUUGCUACCGAGAGCACGGGCUUCUCGCAUUUCUACCCGGGUAUUAUUCCUCACCUCCUUACACUCACCUCCAACUUCCGCGUGCCAUUUUAUCGUGACAUCCUGCUCGCAAUGGGGGUUUGCUCAGUGAGCAAGCAAUCGUGCAGCAACGUCCUGAAGAAUGGACCCGGCCAUGCCAUCACGAUCGUUGUGGGGGGUGCAGCUGAGAGCUUGAGCGCACGUCCGGGCACGGCGGAUUUGACGCUGAGGAAAAGACUAGGGUUUAUCAAGAUCGCCAUACAGCAUGGCGCGGAUCUCGUCCCUGUUUUCUCUUUCGGCGAGAACGAUAUCUACCAGCAGAUGCCGAAUGAGAAGGGCACAUCGGUAUACGCGCUGCAGAAGAAGUUCCAGAACGUCUUCGGUUUCACCUUGCCAUUGUUCCAUGGGCGAGGGCUGCUCAAUUACAACUUGGGUCUGAUGCCGUAUCGACGGCGAAUAGUGGUAGUCGUCGGACAUCCAAUCCAUGUAGAGAAGUGUGAGAAGCCAACCCUAGAAGAGGUGACGCACGUGCAGCAGUUGUAUAUAGAGGAGUUGAUAAGGAUAUGGAAUACGUACAAGGACGAGUAUGCGCGCACACGGAAGCGCGAGCUGAGUAUCAUCGAAUGA